AUGGCAAUAGAAAGGAAACCAUUGAAAGUUUUAAUAUGUGGAGCUGGAAUAGGUGGAUUAGCUGCCGCUAUUUCCUUCCGCCGACAAGGACAUGAAGUUGAAUUGUUUGAACAAUCGAGGUUUGCUAAUGAAAUUGGAGCAGCAAUUCAUUUACCUCCCAAUGCUUAUGGAAUGUUGCAACACAUCGCUGUACCAACAGAUAACUUGGGAGGGAAUUCAGCCAAUUAUAUUACAGAGCUUGAUAAAAAUGGGAAUAUUCAAAUGCAUGUACCCACUGAAGAAUCAUUGCGUGAAUAUAUAUAUCCCUGGAAAUUAGUACAUCGUGCUGAUCUUCAUACAGCAUUAAAGUUAAAGUCUCUUUCGGAAUCUGAUAAAGGCAAACCUGUCAAUAUUCAUCUAUCAAGUAAAGUUAUCAAGAUAGAUCAAGAGAAGGGCGAAGUUGUUCUUAAAUCAGGGGAAAUUUUUAAAGGAGAUAUUGUUGUUGGUGCCGAUGGUAUUCAUUCCGAAGUCCGCUCAAUUGUCACAGGUACAAAUAUUCCUGCUACGCCUUCUGGAUAUUGCGCAUUUAGAUUUUUGAUUCCAAGAAGUACUGUUUUAGAAGUCCCUGAAUUCAAAAAGUAUGCUGAAAAAAAUGGGGAAAUACAAAUUUGGUUGGGAGAAGAUAGAAGGAUUGUUAUAUAUCCAUGCCGUGACAACACUCUUCUUAAUUUUGUUUGUAUUCAUCCUGAUUCAGAAACGUCUGGCUCCUCAGAUAGUUGGAAUGACGGUGGUUCAAAAGAAGAUUUGAUUUCUUGCUAUAAAGAUUUCUACCCCCCACUUAUUGAUGUCUUGAAGAAGGCCACAGAUAUAAAACUUUGGAAGUUACUAGACAGACAGACUUUAAAAAAGUGGACAAAUGGUAGGGCGGCGUUACUUGGUGAUGCUGCACAUUCAUUUCUUCCUCACCUAGGCCAAGGUGGUGCUCAAGCUAUUGAAGAUGGCGUAGCUCUAGGAACUAUGUUUCCGUUGGGAAUAACUAGAGACGAAGUUCCAGAACAUUUAGAAAUAUAUGAAAAAGCAAGAUAUGAAAGGGCAACAACAAUUCAGCAACUUACUAGGGACCAAGCACUUGGACCUAAAGAAGGUAAACUAUUGAAUCCAACACAAUUUUCACACUAUAAUUGGAGUCAUGAUGCUUACUUCCAUGCAUCAAAACUACUUUCAAGGCAUCUUGAAAGUAAGAUAUACAAGAGAAUGCCGAUAGGUUGGGGCCCUUUACAAGGACCAAGGCAAGAUCAUCUCGGGAAACCAAUUGAUGGCAGUGGGUCAUUCUUGAGAACGGGUGCAAUCCGAAUUAAGACUUCGAAAUCUUACUUAGAGCAUUUACUUCCUAAUGAAAAAUUUCAUAUUGAUGUCCCUGGUGAAGUUGGUUAUAUAACUUUCAGCAAUACCUGGAUUGACAAUAUUGAGUGGCUAGGAGGCCAUGACUAUUCUCAUUUUGAUUUCUAUAUAGAAGAUGUAGUUUACACAAGCAAUAAGGGAAAUAAAACCAAAGGUAGAUUUUUACCAUUAUUGUUAGAAGGAAGAACUGAACCAACACUUAGUGGAAGAGAAGAGCUUGGGUUCUCUAAGAUUUUCACUACUCUUACAGAAAGCUUUGAUGAUAUAAAUGGGUAUAAGCUUCGGGCGUCCUGGGAGGGGUCUACUUUCUUAGAAAUGAAUAUUAAAAAGCCAGCAAGAGUUAAAGCUUCGUCUAAAAUAACAGAAAAGGCAGAAGCAACUAUGGAGUGGAGAUGUUUCCCUAGGCCAGGAGGGAAGGGAACGACUGAUAUUGAAUAUGCCACAUAUACACCUGAACCUGUAGGUGGGGCUCAAUUCGUAUUGGAAGAGAUGCUUGAGGGAACCCCAGAAAUUAUCUUCCAUAUGGAGAAUAUCACCCCUGAAAAACUACCUUGUCACUAUAAUGUGGCAAGGAAGUUGAGCGAUAUUCCGAUAGUCGAGCUACAAACUGGAAAGGUAAUCAUUGGAUCAGGUCUUUCAGAUGUUUCAAAUCAAACUGUAUUAGAAAUAUAA